GCAUCAAUUAUACAUAAAUACGAAGUGUUAAACUUUACACCUAAUUAUCAUAGUUCGAACAUGGGCCCCACAGACUUUCCUUGACGACCAUGCGAGGAGAACAGUUCGAUCUGCAAUCUAAAAAGCUAUUAUACAACCUUCUUUUCCUGAGUAGUCUUAUCAAUCAGGGAACGUGUUUGGGACAAGUGGAGGCUGUUUUUCAAACUUUGUCUACUUCUGACAGUAAGCUAUCUGGCGGUUUUACGUGCAGAGAUGGGACUUGUCAAAUAAAAAUGAAAGUUAUAUUCAGGAAGCCUAAUGUGAAUUCAUAUAAAACCGACAAAUUCGAUCUGCAAGGUGCUCAAACGCUGCCUCAGACAGGAGCAGGAGCUCUAAAUGAUAGUCCUGGAACUGAGUUUGAUAACCCAAUCAACGUUACUGCUCCAUCUCAAGACAAAGUAACGCAGUUUAGUGUCGAGAUACAACUUGAUGACUACUCAAACUCCCGUAGAAUAAACAUGGCAACACUGGAGCUAACAGAAAAUGUAACAACUGGUGUUAUCUACAACAGAACAUUAAUGGAGGGUUCUGUAAAUCUAACACUUAGUUUCAAGGUGAUAUGUGAAGAGAACUAUUACUUUGACUGCAGUGUAUUCUGUGUAGAACAAGAUGAUAACUUGGGACACUUCACUUGUGAUCCUGUCACUGGAGAUCCAGUUUGUCUGGAGGGUUGGACCGGGGACGACUGUCUUACAAGAACAUGCACGGCUAAUCCUGAUAUCACGGGAGGGAAAGUCACCAGUACUCCGCAAGCAAUCUACCAAGAGAACGAUACGAUUGAGAUUGAGUGUGAUGAGGAUUACCAGCUAAAUCCUCAUCUACAAAGUAAUGUGCUGACUUGCGAGGCAGACGGAAAUUGGAGCUUCGUCGACUUUGCAAAGAUAUGCACCAAAAGUGGGUGUGGAGGGUGCAGCCGACUAAGAGAACCAAAACACGGCAAACUAACCUACCUCUCCGUGAACCACUGCCUGAACGCUAACAUCAACUCAACUGUCAGUGUUGCCUGUUACCCUCACUACACAUCUCUGGUGAGGUAUCAGGGACUAAAGUGUGGUCAGGACAAGGAAUGGGUUAACUCAGCUGGUCAGCGUGUCGAGAAGAAGGGGGGUAAACUCCUCAUCGACUGCAUCCCCACAGGCGAUUCUGACAUCAACGUGAGUGAGGAUGCGCUGAAAAAAAGAUUAGCCAGAAGCACAAUGAUAAUCGCCGCUAUGACCUUGUUUAGUUUCUUCGGCAUCAUCUUCCUCUACUGUUUUCUGUAUCGGAAGCGAGAAGAGAAGAGGAAAGUGUCUCCAAGAAGGAAGAGUUAUGUGCCAGAGGAUGCGAUAAGACAAAUGAGAACACUUACAUCUACUGCAAUUGGAAAUGUACAGAGUACACAAAAUUUCCCUGUCGUUAAGAAUAACAACGGACUGAUACCAACAGCUGCUUAUGUCAAUCACGGAUUUACAGGCAAUGGAUUUGAUUACGAAUUUUAACCAAUACUCUUAUGAAUUCCAGACUCCUAAACAUCCAGACUUUUUUACAUCAGAUAGGAUAGAUUAUUAAAUUUAUUCAUUGUCAUGCUUAGAAUAUUUUGACCAAAGAUUUAGAUUUAGAUCAUCCGACAAUUAACAAUAGCUUGAUAAAAUAGGUAAUGAUUCACUAUGUUGAAUUUUAAUUAGUAAAAUUAACAUUUUACUUUUAUUUCUC